GUGGGCGGGGCUUCCUGGGCGGGCCGCCUUGGGGCCGCGGCUCCCGCGCUCUGGAGGCGAGCUGCAGCGGCGGGCUGCUCGGUUUCCGGCCGCGGGCGCACGAGGCCGCCCAUGGACCGCGCGGCGGCGGUGAGGGUAGGCGCGGCGGCGAGCGCCGGCGUGUGCGCCCUGCUGGCGGGGGCGGUGCUGGUGCAGUACCUCUUCAGCCUGCGCCGGAGGACGAGCCGCAAGACCAAGAUCAUCGAGAUGAUGCCAGAAUUCCAGAAAAGUUCAGUUCGCAUCAAGAAUCCCACAAGGGUAGAAGAAAUUAUCUGUGGUCUUAUCAAAGGAGGAGCUGCCAAACUUCAGAUAAUAACAGACUUUGAUAUGACACUAAGUAGAUUUUCCUACAAAGGGAAAAGAUGUCCCACAUGUCAUAAUGUCAUUGAUAACUGUAAGCUGAUUACAGAUGAAUGUCGCAAAAAGCUACUGCAGCUGAAGGAACAGUAUUAUGCUAUUGAAGUGGACCCUGUGCUCACCGUGGAGGAGAAGUUCCCUUAUAUGGUAGAAUGGUAUACAAAGUCACAUGGGUUGCUUGUUGAACAACGUAUACCAAAAGCUAAACUCAAGGAAAUUGUUGCAGAAUCUGAUGUUAUGCUCAAGGAAGGGUACGAGAAUUUCUUUGAUAAGCUCCAACAGCACAGUAUCCCUGUGUUUAUAUUUUCGGCGGGUAUUGGCGAUGUUCUAGAGGAAGUUAUUCGUCAAGCUGGAGUUUAUCACCCAAAUGUCAAAGUUGUGUCCAACUUCAUGGAUUUUGAUGAAAAUGGGGUACUCAUAGGGUUUAAGGGAGAACUAAUUCAUGUAUUCAACAAACACGAUGGUGCCUUGAAGAAUACAGACUAUUUCAGCCAGCUGAAAGACAACAGCAACAUUAUUCUGCUCGGAGACUCCCAAGGAGACUUGAGAAUGGCAGAUGGGGUCACCAAUGUUGAGCAUAUUCUGAAAAUUGGAUAUCUAAACGAUAGGGUAGAUGAGCUGUUAGAAAAGUACAUGGACACUUACGAUAUAGUCUUAGUGAAAGACGAGUCACUGGAGGUGGCCAACUCCAUCCUACAGAAGAUUCUGUAGCAGCUGUUUGUGGAAGGGCCUCGCUCCUGGACUGCUCGCGCCCUGACCCCGAAGACUUAUUUAUGAUACUUUCUCGAUGUUGACGCUGUCUCUGCGCAGCUGAAGUGUUCAGUCGGACAUGGUGCAUCAUCAACUGGAAACUUCUCUCCGCCUCUCAAUACACUCCUCACCAUGUUUUUUAACCAAUUUGAAAAAAGAAGAAGAAGAAAUUUUACAGCCAGAAUUAGAAAAGUAAUUCCCAACUUUUCUAAGGUCAAUUUUGUAGUUGAGGUAUCAUGCAUUUUUGGGGGAGUUUUUUUACAACAGGAAAGUUUGUAGACAUUUAAAGUGUUUUACGAAAUGGUGAAAUAAUGUGCAUGAUUUAAGUAUUGCCAUUUUUGUAACUUGGGUGGAUUAUGCCAAUGCUAUCACCAUCUCCCUAAAUUGUAUUAUGUUUGGUUAUUUGUCUGAGCAAAAUCAAUAUUCACCAGAAGACUGACACGCACGAUUCAAAAAACUAUUGGUGUCCACCUGUCACUCACUAAUCUACAAGGUGUUCUGUCAAAGCACUGAUAAUAAACAUGAAAUCAAAGCCUUUUUAA